AUGGGGCCAUGGAACGGCAAUCCCAAGUAUGACCUGCGGCGAGUGGCCGAAGCCUGCCACCAGGGCGAUCUCGAUGUGCUGGACAUGCUCCUCUUUACCGGGGACGCAGAAAACAAGUUCCCUGGAGACAUCAACACGCAUGUUCAAUUCCAGGGCAAGACGGUUAUGACGCCUCUGAUGCUGGCGUGCCAGACCGGGCAGAUCGAGUGCGUUGAGCUGAUGAUCAAAGCAAAAGCUGAUCCGCACAUGAAGUGCCGGGUGCCUUUCGGAAAGGAAUCCUCGGAGGGCGAAACUGCCAAGGACAUCGCCUUGAAGCACGGCUGGGAUGACAUCGUGGGGGUUCUCGACAAAGCUUUGAAGGAGAUCCCACCACACAAGUACGUGCGCUAUGGCAAGGAGAACAACAGCAGGUACAACAUCUACCAAAGCGGCGAAACAGGUAUUGGCAAGGAUCCCUUUGAAGAGAUCAAGAAGAUCACCAAAGGGAAGGUGCAGCCAAGCCUUGUGUCAGAGGGCGCUCUGGAACCCGCUUCAUCCACUGGUCCUACAACGAUUGGCCUUCUUUUCCCAGGUCAGGGCUCUCAGUACGUGAAGAUGCUGGAGUCCCUGCAGGACAAUGUCAAGGUCAAGGAGAUGAUCGCAACCGCACGCGCUGUGCUGGGCUACGACAUCUUGGAGGUGUGCCUGAAAGGCCCGGAAGACAAGCUGGAGGAGACCAGCGUUUGCCAGCCAGCGAUGUUCCUGGCAGGCAUGGCAGGCAUGGAGAAGCUCCGCGCUUCGCGCCCGGAGGCGGUGGAGCGGCCUAUGGCCGUGGCAGGAUUAUCCCUGGGGGAGUACACUGCGCUCUGCGCCGCGGGCGUUUUCACCUUCGAGGAGGGCAUGGAGCUCGUGAAGAUUCGGGGCGCCGCGAUGGCUGAAGCUGCCAAGAGCCGGCCGCAGGCGAUGCUGUCGGUGGCAGGGCUGGAGCAGCAGAAGCUCGAAGAGCUCUGCAAGCAGCAGGCGACAGGAGGGGAGGCGCGAUGGCCGGAGCUGGUCCGAAAGAAGGAAGCGUCAGCCGCCAUGGCCUGCGAUCCGAAGCAACUCGCCAGCGCCGUCCAAUCCACGUGUGCCGUCACCGGCGACUUCGGGGCCUUCGUGGAGGAGAGAUCGCUAGAGAGAUCGCUGUCCUUGGCGCUCCCACUGCUGACGCGCCGGGCGGACUCGCGCCGCACCCGCCGCCGGGCCUCGUGCCAAGAUGCCCGUCACUUCCGGCAGGUGGCGGUCAGCUGUCCUCAAGAGCGCCAGGAGCGGUGGCAGCUGCCGGAGAAGGCGCCAAAGGCUCUGCGGGCCUUGCGCGGCACCUACUACCUGAACGGCCUUGCAAGCUGCGACCAGGGGGGCCGACUUGUGCACCCCUUCGAAGCGCACGGCUUUAUGCGCUCCUUCUGUUUCCACGGAGAUGGUUCCAUAACUUAUCGAGGGCGUUUUGUGGAGACGCCAUGCUCAACCAUUGAGCGCGCUGCGGGACGGCCCCUGUUCAGAGGAGUCUUCUCGAACGUGGUGGACUUUGGACUGCCUUUCGGGCUGCUGAACGCCUUGUCGCCGCGGACACGGGAGACGGCGAAUCUCACUUGCCGACUUUGGCCUCGGAGCAAGGCGGACAUGGUGCUGUUGGCCAGCGGUGACAACGACACUCCAAUGGCCUUGGACCCUGAGACCUUGGCGACCUUGGGCCCUGCGGAGCUGCCCGGCCUGGCCGGGGAGAAGUGGCUGGCGCACACGCGCUGCGACGUGGCGCGCGACCGUCUUGUUUACCUCUCCAUCAGCUAUGUCAGCGAUCCAGACGAGAUCUUGGCGACAAGACUGUUGUUCCAUGAGUACAACUCAGCCGGUGAGCUUGUUGCUGAGAAAUCCCAUCGGACCAGCUUUAUGGUGGCGCACGACUGGACCAUCACGGAGAACUACUAUGUGGUGCCGAAGAACCCCGCGCGCUUCCACGCGCCGGGGCUGCUGAGCUACUUGGCCGGCCUGUCGCAGGGCACCGAGGUCUUCCGCAUGGCCGAGGAUGUUUCGGCGGAGUUGCUGCUGAUCCCUCGGUGCGGAGGGGAGCCCAAAGAGAUCCCCUUGGACCGCUUUUUCAACAUCUUUCACAUGGGCCCGACCUAUGAAUGCGGAGAGAAGAUGGAGGUCCACUGCGUGGCGUUCGAUCGGUACCGCUUCGGCGGGGAGAUGGGCUUCGACGUGGAGACCCAGGAUUUUGAUCCCAUCGGCUGGUCUGCGAGUGAGACCAACCCGCCCCCGCACUUGCACCGCGCGGUGCUCGACUUGGAAAGCGGCGAGCUCGUGGAGCGGCGCAGAAUACCUCUGCUGGACCCGCAGCGCGGAGGCGUGGAGGUGCCCGUUGACAUGCCGACCUUCCAUCCCUUGCGUGAUGGCCAGAAGGCCCGCUACUGCUACUUCUCGGGCGCGGCGCGGCCAAGGGGCUGGUUUCCGUUCCGCUCCUUGCUGAAGGCUGAUCUGCAGAGCGGUGCAGUGGAGAACUGGGAUGCCGGAGAUGGGUGCAUUGUCGCCGAGCCCCUCUUUCUGCCGAACGGUGCUGGUGGCUCAGAGUGGCUUGGGCACGACCACGAAGACGAUGGCUGGAUCGUCAGUGUGGUGCACGACGGGGCACGGGGCCAGUGCCGGCUGGUGGUCCUGGACGCUCGGCGACUCGCUGAGGGCCCGGUGGUGGAGUUGGUUUCAGCGCCGGAGCGCGAAGCGCUUUGGGCUUUUAAGCGAGCGGACGCUUUCCGCGAGCCCUCUGAAAGCGAUCAGGCCGGUACGGAGCCGGCCAUCAAGAAGCUCAAGGAUGCCGCGGAAGCGGCGGGCGCCAUGCAAGCACGUCUGCUGAAGACCUCGGGGGGCUUCCACACGGAUCUCAUGAAGCCUGCCCAGGCCAAGCUUGAGGAAGCUUUGCAGAGGCUACUUCCCAAGAUGAAGCCUCCAAGGUGUGAUGUGUACAUGAACAUUACCGGCAAGAACAUCAAGGCCGGCACCAGCCCCGCGGAGAUCGUGCCGCUGCUGGCGAAGCAGCUCUGCUCCGCAGUGCUCUGGGAGCCCUCGGUGCGGCUGAUGAUCAAGGCCGGGAUCACGGAGUUCUACGAGGUUAACCCUAUGAAGCAGCUGAAGGCCAUGAUGAAGCGAAUCGACCAGAGCACCUGGAGCUCGACCACGAAUGUGGACGUGUGCUUGCGCCGCUCUAGCGCCGCUCUAGCGCCGCUCAGCCGCGCCGCUCAGCCGCGCCGCUCCAGCGCCGGUGCCAGGAACAUUUGCUCUGGCGAGAAUCAUGCCGAAGAGGGGGAUGCUACCAUUCUGUCUGUGGAAAAGCAGCUCGGAGCAGACGAUGCGGAGGCUCAGAAGUGGGAGCCUCCUGUAGUGCAGGAGCCAUCCGAGCAAGUGGCAGAAGAUGUGGAGGAGAUGGAAGAGUUGGUUCGGCCGGAGAUGCUGGAGGAGUGGAGGAGGCACACGGUCAACGAGUUCCAUCGCCUUAUCACCGAGAGCAGGCGAAUGCAUGCCGAGAGCUUCGCUCAUGGCGGGCCUGCCAAUCGCUAUGGCGAGAUGGCAUUAUUGCCUCCCUUUGAAGAAGGUCGGCAUGUGCCUACUCUUGCACUGAUCAAUCCCAUGUCCGGCGCUGCUGCUGGCAUGGACAUACUCCAGGUGGCGCGACGUUCCCCAUACUACAAGGAUAGGUUUUUCAACAUCAUCGAUGUUGUCAAAGGCCAACAUCGAGGUGGACUUUUGGAUGUCUUCAGGAUCGAGCUCUGCAAGGCCAGAGAAGAAGCCCUCGAUCAGGGCACCAGGCCGCGGCUGAUCUCAGGAGGAGGUGACGGAACAGGGUCCUUUGCGAUUUUCAUGGUCUUCCUCGCCUUGAAGGCAGAUCCGGCAAGACCGCACGAGGGCUUGGGGGACACGGGCAACGGCUUCAUUUGGACGGACGAGGAGUUGGCAGAGAGCUUCCCAGCGAUCGCCCAGAUGCCUCUGGGCUCCGCCAACGACUUCGGGAACAUCCUCGGCUGGGGCCAGAAAUACCCCGGGGACGUGAUGUGCGGCUGCCUGCCGGGCGGUGGCCGCGAGGCAGCCCUUGGCCAGCUGAAGCGGUGGGUCAAUGCAGUCAUCGAGCCAAGCUCGCGGGUGGUGAACUUUGAUGUUUGGGGGUUCAUGCCGCCCGCGGGCCAGGAGCAGUGUAGCUUCAAGCUUGCGGAACUGACUGGCAAGCGGGGCCGCAACCCCAACACCAAGAUCAACGGCGAGCGAAACGUCACGCUGAAGCAGGCUGGAAAGCCCGUCCCCUUUUUCGUUUGCCUGUACUUCUCCGCUGGCCUUGGGGCUUAUAUGACUUCGCGUUUCCAGAUCAACCGCCGCAAGACGCCGCUUAGAAACCGGGCAGAGUACGUCCGACAGCUUGGAGGCAUUGUGAUGGAGUCCAACCCACCGCAGCUGGCCGGGCGGCUGAAUGGCGUCACCAUUGACUGCGAGGGCGAGCCGUAUUUCCCACCUCGCCGGCAGCUUUCCAACCAGGGCAGGAAGUACCGGGAGGUGGGGUUCUACAACAUCAACUGGCAGGCGCACGGGCUCCACGGGGCGGAUCGCGCCUCGUUGGGCAGCCGCCUCUGCUGCGGCACCCGGGAGCCGGUGCGGUUCAAUGACGGCAAGAUUGACAUGUUCCGCUGGAAGUUUGCAUCCUUCUUCAAGAACCCAGGUGUCACGAUGCAAACCGACAAGAAAGAGGACAUGCUCCUCAAUUUCAGCGCAAGUCCAGGCAAGGGCGUGUUCUUCCAGUGGGAUGGCGAGUCGCGCUUUGCCUUCAACCCGAAUGGUGAGGACUUCCAAAUCUACAUUCGCAAGGUGGCCAACGUUCCGGUGGUCAUUGGGCCGUGGGUCAACCAGCGGCUGACUGGUCCGCUGGACAAUGGCGAGCCCGUCGCUUUUGCAUUCUGCGGCAAAGACCCAGAAAGCGUCGACGCGGUAAAGAGGCGCAUUUGGCAGGCCGUGUCUGGGGCUCUCGACGCGGAGCUCAAUGCCACUGCGCAGGAGAUCUCGGGCACAGGCUUGCGCGUGUCACAGAACAGCAAAUAG